UUGCAUAAGUAUCCAGGAAAAAACCAUUAUUUGAAGACCCAUUUUUUCGAGGCUCUUAGAAAACUUGCUCAAAAUCCCGGAAAAAUCACUUUUGUAACCAAAAGCAAUACAGAUUCUGGCAGUAGACACUUCAGGCUAUCUUUUCAUGUGCGUAUCUCAAAAUCGAUUUUUUGACCGAAGAUCAUCAUUUCUGAGGGGGGAAGGGCCCUUAAGCAGAAAUGGAGUACAUUCAUCGACAAUAUUACAAAUUUUUUUCUUCCAGUUGUGAAGAUACUUUAAAUCUAGUAAGAUUUUUUAAUCUAUUUCUUUUUUUCAGUUACCAGAUUGGUUAGUGUUUAUGAUGGAUUAUUGGGAAGAUUUUUUCGUCAAAUGUACUGAGCCAAUUGUGUUCACAUUAUUUGAAAUGAAUAGUGAUAAAGAAGUAAAAUGUCGAGAAGUGCAAUUAGAAAUUGUUAAAGCUUUAGGAGACGUUGUUGAAUUUCGUUUCGAUGAAAAAUCUUGUGUAAUUGAAUAUAUUCAAACGUUGAAACGUUGUCUCAGUUUUAUGCCAUUAUCAUUAAAUUAUUUACUAAAUAAAAUUGAAGAAUUAAAAUAUGAACAAAAGAAUAAUAUCAAACAUCAAAUGAUUAAACGAUCAGUGAGUAUUUUUUUUUUUUUUUUUUUGUUAUAA